GUUGCCCUGGGCUCGACAGCUGCAGGCCGAACCUGGCCGAAGAAAACCGAGAAGGAGAGAUGCCCACGGCGUCGUGCCCCAGAGCUGAGGCGACUGGACGAGCCCCACCCCGCGGCCAGGCCGAGCCAGCGAUGAGGACCACUGCCGAGCGGCCACGCCCGGGUCCUGGGCCGCCUCCGGUGUCGCCCUUACCGCUGCUGCUGCUGGCGGUGCUCAGCGGCCCGGUGUCCGGCCGCGUCCCGGGCUCGGUGCCCAGGGUCUCGCUGUCUAUCUCGGAGGCUGACUCCUAUCUCACUCGGUUCUCCGUGCCCCAGAGACACAAUUACUCUGUUCUCCUUGUGGAUCCUGCUUCCCACACACUUUAUGUCGGCGCCCAGGACACCAUCUUCGCCUUAUCUUUGCCCUUAUCAGGGGCACGACCCCGCAGGAUUGACUGGAAGGUGCCUGAUGCCCACAGACAGAACUGUCGGAAGAAAGGCAAGAAGGAGGAUGAAUGUCACAAUUUUAUCCAGAUUCUCGCCAUUGCCAAUGCCUCUCAUCUCCUCACAUGUGGCACCUUCGCCUUUGAUCCGAAGUGCGGGGUUAUUGAUGUGUCCAGUUUCCAGCAGGUUGAAAGACUUGAGAGUGGCCGGGGGAAAUGUCCUUUUGAGCCAGCUCAGCGGUCAGCAGCUGUAAUGGCUGGGGGCGCCCUCUACGUGGCCACCGUGAAGAACUUCCUGGGGACCGAGCCCAUCAUCGUGCGCGCGGCGGGGCGCGCGGAGGACUGGGUGCGCACGGAGAUCCUGUCCUCCUGGCUGAACGCGCCAGAGUUCGUGGCCGCCGAGGCCUUGAGCCCUUCCGAGUGGGGGGACGAAGAGGGAGACGAUGAGAUCUACUUCUUCUUUACGGAGAAUUUCCGAGGAUUUGACCCAGACGAGGUCACCAAGGUCCCCCGCGUGGCGCGUGUGUGCGCGGGGGACCUCGGGGGCCGGAAGACCCUCCAGCAGCGGUGGACGACAUUUCUGAAGGCUGACCUGCUCUGUUUAAGGCCCCAGAACGGCCUGCUGUCCAGUGUCCUGCAGGACGUGGCCAUUCUCAGGCCUGCUUCUGGAGUGGGCUCGCCCAUUUUUUACGGCAUCUUUUCCUCCCGGUGGGAGGGGGGCACACUGUCUGCCGUCUGUGACUUCUGGCCACAGGACAUCCGGUCAGCUCUCAGCGGGCCUUUCAGAGACCUGGAACAUGACUGCAACCGAAGGCUGCCUGUCAUGGCCAAUGAGGUCCCCCAGCCUAGGCCAGGAGAGUGCCUCUCCAACAACAUGAAGCUCCGGCAGUUCAGCUCAUCCCUCGCCCUGCCCGACCGGGUGCUCACCUUCAUCCGUGACCACCCACUCAUGGACCAGCCGGUCACCCCACCCGGUGGCCGCUCCCUGCUGGUCACGCGCGACACAGCUUAUGUGAGAGUCGCGGCCCACAGGGUGACCGGCCUCUCAGGGCGAGAGUAUGACGUGCUCUACCUGGGCACAGAGGACGGACACGUGCACCGGGCCGUGCGGAUUCAAAGCCGGUUGAGCGUCCUGGAGGAUCUGCCUCUGUUUCCCCAGCCGCAGCCAAUAGAGAGCAUGAAACUGUAUCAAGGCUGGCUCCUGGUGGGCUCCGGGACCGAGGUGACGCAGGUGAACACCACCGACUGCGGCCGCCUGCAGAGCUGCUCCGAGUGCGUCCUGGCGCGGGACCCCGCCUGCGCCUGGAGCUUCCGAGUGCGUGCCUGCGUGCCGCACGCCCGAGAGCGCGGAAGGCUGGUCCAGGAUGUGGAAUCAGCAAACGCCUCUUCUUUGUGCCCCAAAGAGCCUGGAGAAGAUCCCGUAGUCUUUGAAGUUCCUGUGGCUGCCGCCGCUCAUGUGAUCUUGCCGUGCUCCCCGAGCUCCUCAUGGGCAUCCUGUGUGUGGCACCAGCCCAGUGGAAUGACGGAGUACAGCCCAGGGCAGGAUGGGCUAGUGGUGGUGGUCACCCCAGGGGCCAUGGGCGCUUAUGCCUGUGAAUGUCAAGAGGGGGGUGUGACCCACGUGGUCGCAGCUUAUAGCUUGGUGGGGGGCAGCCAGCUGGGCCCAGCGGGUCAGGCCCACACUGUGGGGGCUGGACUAGCUGGCUUCUUGCUGGGGGUGCUUGCGGCCUCCCUGACCCUCCUCCUGAUUGGUCGGCGUCAGCAGCGCCGGCGACAGAGGGAACUUCUGGCGAGAGACAAGGUGGGCUUGGACCUGGGGGCCCCGCCCUCUGGGACCACAAGCUACAGCCAGGACCCUCCCUCGCCCUCCCCUGAAGAUGAGAGGCUGCCCCUGGCCCUGGCCAAGAGGGCCAAUGGCUUCGGAGGCUUCCCCCCACCCUUCCUGCUGGAUUCCUGCCCGAGCCCAGCCCACGUCCGGCUGACAGGGGCUCCCCUGGCCACGUGUGAUGAGACGUCCAUCUAGGACUGCGCAAAGCCACUGGAACAGGACGGAAUGGCCACGGCAAUGCUGAGAUCGCUGGGCCUGCGGGAUGGUCAUGACCUCAGUCCUCUUUGGCCUGGCUCUCUCUGUCUGCCCUCUCUUGGGCUGCUGGGCGCCGGCCAGGUCUUGGCCUGCUUCCAGAUUCCCAUCAGACACCAGAACUGCUCGCUGUAGCAGAUGAGGACUUUUCCCACUCUCCCCACCCCCAUCCUGCUUUCUGGACUUUUGUGGCCCCUUCAUCCCUGGCUUCCUGAUCUGGGGCCUGUUCAUAGGG